AUGGGAACCAUCCCAAUCCUCGAAGAAUGGCUCUACCCAAUAGCCCCCGCCCCAGCCCGGCCACGUACAAAACCCAUGCAGGUCCUGGCCCUGGGCAUGUCCCGCUCAGGAACCGAAUCGCUGCGACGCGCCCUAAUCAUGCUCGGGUACGACCACGUCUACCACGGCUUCGACAUGAGCGAGUCGCGCCCAAUGCAAUGGAAACAGUGGGCGCUGCUGGGUCGUCGCAAAUUCGGGCUCACGGGGACAUCGCAUAAAGGCGACCCGGGGAUCAAGCGCGAGGACUUUGACGAGAUCCUAGGGCAUGCAGAGGCCGUGACAGAUCAGCCGUGUUCGAUUUUUGCAUCGGAGUUGAUCAAGGCGUACCCCGAGGCCAAAGUUAUCCUGAAUCAUCGCGAUGUGGACUCGUGGUAUGAGAGUAUUACGGCGCUGAUUCUGCCUCAUGCGCGUGGAUUCUGGUAUCAUGUUCUUCCGUGGUUUCAGCCGGAUAUGUACUGGGCUGUGCAGUAUACGGUGCAUUGUUUCAAUAUGCAUUUUUAUGGAUCGCUAGAGCGGAAUGGGAAGUGGGUGUAUGAGCAGCAUUCGGCGACGAUUAAGGGGGCUGUUGCGCCGGAGAGGUUGCUUGUUUGGAGGGUUCAGGAUGGGUGGGAGCCACUUUGCAGGUUUCUUGAUAAACCCAUUCCGGUGGAGGAAUUCCCCACGGGAAACACGCUUGACACGACAAACCAACGGUAUGACAAGAAUAUGGUUCAGGUUGCCAUUGUCGCUGUUAGGAACUUUGCCAUCUUUGCGGUCUUGACGGGAGUAGCUAUUGCAUAUGUGGCUGGAUUAUUUCGGCGCUCUACGUAG